AUGAUCACCCUCAAUACAAUCCUCUCCUCCCUCUUCUACCUCCUCCCCCUCUACCUCUUUGUCUUCGCCCCCUCCUCCGCCAAUACUUCCCAUCCGACGACUCCAACACAACCACCACCACCAUCCCCUUCGACCCCUUCAACAACUCCCCUCUCAUUCCCUCGCCUGCCGAACUGGCCAACAACCCCGACCGCCCCCGUCCGCUGCCUCACCCGCCGCGCCGCCUCCUUCCAAGGCUGGCGUCCCUACCUGCACAUCGAGCCGCUCUGGGCCCAGCGCUAUAACGUCUCGGGCCACUACACGCACCACUACGAUUGGGCGGGGUCGGCCGCGAGGGGCGGCGACCGCGCGACUACGUUUAUGGUGUAUCUUGAUGAUGGGUGUAAGGGGGGUGGGACGAAUUUUCCGAGACUGGUGAGGCCCGUUGCGAGGGAGUGGUGUCGGUUUAUUGAGUGUGGGGAGGGGGAGGGGGAGGGGAUGGAUGGGAUUACGUUUAAGCCGAUUGCGGGGAAUGCGGUGUUUUGGGAGAAUUUGAGGCCCGAUGGGUCUGGCUAUCCGGAGACUUGGCAUGCUGCGUUGCCUGUUACGGAGGGGGUGAAGGUUGGGUUGAAUAUUUGGAGUUGGUAUCAGCCGCCUAGGAGGAGGGGGUGAUCUUGUUGUUUUUGGUGUAUACUACCUAUAUAUACGAGAGAGUGAAGUGUAGGAUAUGAAAUAUGUAGAUAUAUGGUAUGUAUGUAAGUAGUAUGUAGGUGUAGAGAUGUCGUAUGUCC